AUGAGGGUCCGGAGCGGCGCAGAUGGAAGUACGAGCUCCAAGUGCACUGGAGCAAAGGGCGACCUGAAGGGACCUGUAGACAAAAACCGCCGCAGGAUUUGGAGUGCACAGGACGAAAAACCUUCGAGGCAUGGAGACUGCUUACGAAUUUGUACCUACAACUGCCGUACCAUUGCCUCGAAGGCGGACCAAACUAUCUUGAGUGAGACCAGCAAGAGGCUUCGCUUCGACGUCAUUGCUCUUCAAGAGACGAAAACCAAGGAAACGGCCAUCAAGAAGACCAAUGACGGGCACCUCUUCGUUCUAGGAGCGAAAGUCGACGGAAAAAACGUCGGAGGCGUGGGAUUCUUGGUCCAUCGUCGGAUCGAACAUCUGAUCGACUCAACAGAGGUACUCAGUCCGCGACUGGCCAUUCUCCGGCUACGCAUCGACAGGCGCACCACAGUCAGCAUUAUUAACUGCUAUGCGCCAACGUCAACAGCCACCGACGGAGAAAAGGACGCCUUCUAUAAGGAACUGGAGGAGGUUACAAAAAACGAGCGAUCAUACUACAAGUACGUUGUUGGGGACUUCAACGCAGUCAUCCACGAGGAAAGUCUGGCAACAGCACGCACUGGACCACAUGGAAUAGGAGUAACGAACGAGAAUGGAGAGCGUUUGAUGGACCUUUUAGAGGCAUGCAACCUAUUCCACGGAAACAGCUUCUUCGUGAAAAACGAGGAUCGACGUUGGACAUGGGAGAGCCCUAAUGCAGCGGCUCGUAGCGAAAUCGACCACGUCCUCACCAACAGAAAGUGGAGUCUGCUGGACGUCAGUGUGGUAGAAGCGUUCCGCACCGGAAGCGACCAUAGGCUCGUCAGAGCCAAAAUCCGCCUACGAGCAAAACUUCGAAGACGUGAUCACUUCCGGCCUCCUCCAAUACGACUACCGCGGUAUGACACUAGCGCCAUGGAGGUGGCAGCUGUUCAGUACGCGUGGCAGGAGGCGCAGGACUUGACACACGAUUACGACUUGCUCGUAAAUGGACUUCUGCACUGCGCAACGGCAUCGGCUGUUUCAGGAAGGGCCAACUCGAGGAGUAGGAUCGAUGGAAAUGCUCGCACCCUCCUCCAACAACGGGCUGCCGUUUACCGUAACUCUGCGUCUUCACUUCUGGAACGUGCUACGAUCAAUAAAGCGUGCCGCAUCGCUGUGAGAGAGUCGAUACAGCGAUACAAGGACACCCGACUGAAGGAAGCAGCAGAGGCGAGAGCGAGCCUCAAGCGAUGUCGUAAGGACCUUAAUGACUCUCGCUCGAUCAUCGCAGUUAUGAGGGACGCGAUGGGCAGACCNACCGUUCACCGACUCCUAUGUGUACCUCGGCCGUCUAAUUUCCAUGGACAACAACCUGCGUGCAGAAAUUAUGAGGCGCAGAAGAUGCGCGUGGGCGGCAAUCGGAAACAUAAAAGAAGCGGCUCAUUCGUAUCGGACAAGAAAGUACGAGCUGACCUUUUCGACUCUACGGUAUUGCCAGCACUCUGUUACGCAUCCGAGACGUGGGCGGAGAACAAGACGUCAACGCUAAUGCUGGUUCGCGCACAAAGAGCUCUAGAGCGGACGCUGCUGAAGAUCAACCGCGCAAAGCAGAGAAGUCUUAACCUCCGCAGCGCAGACAUGCGCUCAAUGUCCGGCAUCCGUGACGCCGAAGUGUACGCGUGGAACGCAAAGAAACGAUGGGCAGGGCACGUGGUUAGACGCACGGACGACAGGUGGACCACUCGCGUCACGUUCUGGUACCCACGUGAGAUUAAACGCACACUAGGCCGUCCUGCAACGAGAUGGAGUGAUUCACUGAAGAAACUUCAGGAAAACGAUGGUCAACACUGGUCCCAAACCGCUCAAGAUCGUCAAAAAUGGAUGGAAGCGUGUGCUCGCUGCGAAAUAUCAGCCGACAACGAGCGUCCAAGUAUCCAAGUAUCCAAGUAA